AUGAUUACGAGCAAACAUAAGCACGAUUGGGUUAAGCACAAUGGAAAGAUUGGAGCCAAAGAACACUCGUUCUUCGAUUGUAUCAAAAAUGAAGUACAAUGGAACAACGCCACCGAAAAAGCAAAGCUUCUCAGUGCGAGUCUUUUCCGUGCUUUGAUUCCCAUUCAAAACCCGAAAAAGAUUGCGCUUGGUGAUAAACUUUUGAUCAAAUGGAUGUUGCCCGAGAUGCCUGAUAAGGUGAAGCAAAAAAUCGACGAAUUCUCGAUCAAUGACCCGACUCUGAAAGGCUAUUUUGAUGAACUUUCCGUAGUAAAAAAAGCUACAUUUCUGUUAAAGUCAUCAGCUUUAAAGAUCGGGCUUUUCUAUUGGUGCUCGUCGAUUUGCAAAGGAAAAGCCGUUUACGAGACUUGUGCUCAUGCAUCGGACAUUGAGAAGAAAUUGGCGUGGCUGGUUGAGGACAUCGAGGCCCUUUGCGAUCAGACUCUGGCGUUGAUGCUGGCAAAUCAGCUUCCCAUAGAUCCCAGGCCGAAGAAGAAGUCGAGAAUAACUUUUCGUUUUCGAAGAUCAAGAUUCGGACGCUUCAUGAUCAAAUGGAAACAU